AUGAAAGCUGAGAAUUCGAAAGUCACCAAUAGGCUGCUGUUUCCAGAAGCACUCAGCAGGCUGACAGGCCAGCGUGGAGUCGCACGAGUUGCAGGUAACCGCCUACUAACGUCCGAACUUGCAAAACAAAACAGACAAGCCAUAAAGGAGAACCUUAAAGAAAGAGAAGCAGCAGUUAUGGUCGAAGCCUCAGAGGCUGGGAAAAGCAUUCGUAAAGGCCAUCGAAGCUUCGCCUAUUGCAAAACCAAGACGAUUGCACUACGACACCCAGACGAAACAGUUAUUGCGUCCAGAGAGGCAAUGGAGAAAAUCAUUCACGAAUACUACUCAGAUCUCUUCCAUAGUCAUGUCAUUCUAUCACUGUAUGAAAUAAAGGAGGAAGGACAUGUCGUACACCAAUGA